GAACGACCCCAAUGAAUCCCAUCAUGCUUUGCCCGCCGACCCGAGGGCUAGCGAUGCUAGGCUAACUGUCGCUAGCUACCGGGAGGAGCGGACAUGUUGAACCGACCCUUCCCUGAAUAAACAUCUCUGUUAGCGGGGAAUCAGGAGCGUAGGGGGCCGCCUGCAGCUUCGGGCAAUCAUGGACGCCGUAAACGCCUUUAAUCAAGAGUUAUUCUCAUUGAUUGACUCCAAGCCCCCAAUCUCACGGGCUAAGAUGAUCUCCAUCACCAAAUCGGCCAUCAAAGCUAUGAAACUCUACAAACAUGUGGUCCAGAUAGUGGAGAAAUUCAUCAAAAAGUGUAAGCCUGAGUACAAGGUAGCAGGCUUGUAUGUGGUGGACUCCAUUGUGAGGCAGUCCAGGCAUCAGUUUGGAUCUGACAAGGACGUGUUUGGCCCGAGGUUCACAAAGAACAUUACAGGAACAUUCGAGAAUCUCUGCCUUUGCCCAAUAGAGGACAGGAGUAAGAUUGUGCGAGUGUUGAACCUGUGGCAGAAGAAUGGAGUGUUUAAGAUUGAGGUGAUUCAACCUCUUCUGGACAUGGCUGCUGGCUCUAGCAGUGCUGCUGCACUCUACGCAGGGGCAGAUGAUCCAGGUUCCACCCCACCUCUAGCCAAAGAGCCAGUUACCAUGGUAACAGCAAACUCCACCACUACACCUGCCACUCAGCUUCCAAACUCUGAUGCCUUUGCUGCCGUGGCGCAGCUUUUUCAGUCCUCACAGGGUCAACAGCUUCAACAGAUAAUCCAAAACUUUCAGCAGCAGCCGGUGAAGCCUGACCUCCACACUCAGCCUCCUCUACACGCCAUUCAAACACAGCCCCAGAGUGUCGCCAGUAGCCUGGGCAUGAUGGCCGGGCAUCCUCCCCUGCCGAGCCAACCCGUCCAGCAUAAGACAACCUUUGAUAAGAAACUGCUGGAUCGCUUUGACUACGACGACGAGCCAGAAGUCGGAGACGACACAAAGACGGAUGAAAUUUCAUCACAGCCCUCCUUCAUGCAGCAGGCUCCAGCCGUUCUGUCACACAUGGAGCACUUCAAACCGCAGAUGAUGAACAUGUCGCAAGACCUCUCACAGCAGGUUCCUCUCCCUCCAAACGGCCAGCUCCAGGCCUACGGUUUACCACCGCAAGGCUUCCCCAGUAUGAUGCCUCCGAUGGGGCAUGCUUUACCAGGGCAUCCCCUCCCUGGUUCAUCUGGGCCUCCAGGUUUCCCAGGAAUAUUCCCUCCUCACAACGCAGCUCAGCAACAACAGGAUUUGUCAAUGGACAUCGAUCGUUCAUCUUUGAGAGAUGGAAGACGACGGUCACACUCAGGCUCCAGGUCUCCAAAGAGGAGGCGGUCGCGGUCCAACUCCCGCACGCGGCGAUCCAGGCACAGGAGAUCCCGCUCACGCUCCAGAGACCGGCGUCACCACUCCCCACAGUCCCGAUCACAGGACCACAGGGAGAGGGAGAAAGAGAGAGAGCGACGGCAGAAAGGCCUCCCACCACCCAAGGCCGACACACUUAGCAUUUGCAGUACAACGCUCUGGGUUGGCCAGUUGGACAAGAGGACACAACAACAAGAUGUUGCCUGUUUACUGGAGGAGUUUGGGCCGAUAGAGUCUAUCAAUAUGAUCCCUCCGCGUGGCUGCGCUUACAUCGUCAUGAUACACCGGCAGGAUGCUUUCAGGGCUCUGCAGAAGCUGAGCAGAGGAUCUCACAAAGUAAACCAGAAAACCAUCAAGAUUGCUUGGGCUCUGAACAAAGGAAUUAAGGCUGAGUUCAAACAGUACUGGGACGUGGAGCUGGGCGUCACGUACAUACCGUGGUCGAAGGUCAGAGAGGCUCAGGUGGAGGAGCUGAGAGAAGGAGGGAUAUUGGAUGUAGACACCGUGUCACCAGAGUGGGCCACAGUGAGGAAGACUCUGGACCUUCCAGAAGAGCCUACCCACAACGGCAGGUCGGAGCCACAGCAGCCCGAAGAGACUCACAUGUUACCUAUGGCUGCAUCAGUCGCUCCUCCUGCACAGGUCCCUCAAAUGCAGCAGCCCAUGAUUGGCGUGGGUCCUCUCCAGCCUCCUGUCUUUCCAGGCGCCAUGGGUAUGCCUCUGCCUUCCUUCCCUCCAGGCGUCCCUCCACCGCCAUUCAUCAGACCUGGCUUCAACCCCAUGCAGAUACACCCAGGUUUUCCUCCUCCGGGCUCCAUGCCUCUAGGUCUACUUCCUUCUUCCAAAGGUGGGGCUGAAGACUCGCCUCUGGACCAAGCAGGUUUGGGCAGCAGGAAAAAUGACGAGGGGCUAGAGGGUCCCCACAUGUACAACAACCAGAUGGGACCUAUGGGUAACCAGAUCGGUGGACCUCUUGGUUCUUUACCUGGUGGUCCUCCAGGAAACAUCCAACCGUCCACAGGUGGUCUGCUCGGUGCACGACCUGGCAUAAUCCCACUGCAGCGUCCUCCAGUUCUCCCACCUCCACACAUGCAACGUUUUCCUCUACCUCAUGGACCAAGACCCCCUCAUCCCAGCAUGCCACCUAUGCCCCCACAGGUGCUGCCCAGAGGGCCACACCCUCAAAUUAUGCACCAUGAGCUCCCCGUACCCAAAGGAGGCUUUGGGAUGCUCCCUCCUCACAACAUCAGAGCUCCUUUCCCUCCACAAGGGCAUGGUCCUCCUCCUCCUCAAACCCUUCCUCUUCCUUUUAUCAGACCCGGUGCUCCUCGCAGUCUGGAAGGGCCUGAGGAAAUGGAAGGCAGACCAUUCAGAGGGGAAAGACCUGGAUUUAGAGAUCGAGAGCCAGAGAGGGAAAGAGACUGGGACCGAGAAAGGGAUAGAGAGAGGGAUCGAGGUUUUGGUGGUGGAAGGCGUCCAUUUGGUGACGGAGGUAGAGGAGGGGGCGGCGAUAGAAUGGAAGGAAGGGACAGGCUUGGAGGAUGGCAGGAUGACGGAGGAGAUCACCAGAGAGGAGGAUGGGACCGGGACCGAGACAGAGAUCGGGACAGGGACCGCGAUAGGGAUCGUGAUCGCGACAGAGACAGAGACAGGAGGGACUGGAAGGAGAGGAGAAGCAGCCCUGACAGAGACAGGGAACGAGGGAGGGGUGAUGAUGGGGAGAAGGGGCGAGGGAGGGGGGAGGGAGGAGAAAGAGGAAGGGGAGAUGAUGGGGAGAGAGGGCGAGGGAGGGGAGAGGGAGGGAGUCGAGAUAGAGGGAGGGGGGCUGAAGGAAAGGAAAAAGAAAAAGAAAAAGAAGGGGACAAACCAAGGCGGUCUGAACGGCGAGAAAGGACCACACGGUGGGACAGGGACGAUAGAUUGGCUGAACUGGAAACCAUGGACAGAUUUCGGACGUCCAACAGCACAGAGCAACCUCGUUUGACUCCCGCUGUUACUGUGGAAAAAGAACCAAGCGGGGACGCUCCUGAAGAGAAGGCAUUGCCAGAACUUAUAGCUCCUUCAUCUACGGAGGUAACUACUGCUGCAGAAGAGCCAAAGCCCUCUGAGCCCUUAUCUUCAGCUCAAAGUGAGCUUACAGAAACAACACCGGGAGCUGAGUCAUAGACAGCAGCUUCAGUCAGAGACUUAAACCACUGAAAUAUUAAAGAAAAAACAUGUUUGUCACUGGAAAACAGCCAGCCAUGUGAAGUUUUCCAGACAGUUACCACAUUUUUUCUUCAAAUCAUGUUUUACCCACAUGUUCUCAAACACGUAUAGAUGCUUGGUUCUGUUAAGAUUAAUGCUGCGUCCACACUACACCCCUGAGCAGAACGUGUCAGCUGCAGAACCUCUUGGUUUUCAUGUCAACCUGCAUGUUCCCAUGUCAGAGCGGACACACUGUCCAUGUUAGCAGUGCAACUCCGGCUUGCCUCGAGCACUUUUGCAGUGCCAAAAAUCAAUGUGAGGCCUUCCUUUUUGCACAGCCAGCUUCUACAUUGACCUAUCGGCAACAGCAUCUCCCCCUGUAUGAUAUGCCAUGGACAUGAAAGUUGAAUACAUUGGCUUUUAAUCUCAACUCAAAAACGGCCUCCAUCUGUUUCAGAUGAGUGUCUAGACUACGUAUUAAUGAAAUGAAUACAGACACAAGAUCGAACUUUGAGUUAUUAAGGCCGUUAUCAAAGGAGAAAGAGAGCCGGCACCCUGACACGCAGCCUGUGUGGUCACCGCGCCGGUACGAGACGCAGCAGUUCAGAGAGGCAGCCGUCACGCGCUGCUCAGUCGCCCGGUGUGUCCCCCAAGCAUAAUAGGCUUACAACCAUCAAAUUUGAAACACAUGACCACUUAAUGGUCUGUAAUCAAAAAAUUGGCUGUCAACUCAAGUUUUUCUUCCCCUCCUGUGAGUUUUAAGAUCUAAUGGAGUUCUUGCAUGUUCCAUAGCUCUGUCCAUCUGAGAUUAAUCCGAGCUCAGCUUUUAAGUUUUUACUUUGUUGGUGUGAAGUUUUAGAGAACAAGUGAUUUCUUGUUUGACUCCUCACCUCAUCAGACACUCCUUGACAACUUCAAAAAGCUUCUUUUCUUUUAAAUAUAAUUUGUCAAAAUAUCAUGUUGAACACUGAACACUUCUCAACAAGUAAUCAAUAAUAGAGGCAUGUCUAUUUUUCUUCAUUGUUGGCAUCUCAUUGUUUCCCAUCGACUCUACAUUACACUUUCACAGCCAGUCAGGCAACAUUACAAGGACAAGGAAGGGCCUGAGAUCAGAGAACAAGAUAUUAGUAUCAGUUGUGGCGUCUGUUUAUAGUCCCAAGUACUGCAUACCAGUUUCACUUAAAAAGGAUCAGGUAGCGUGUAUUAAAAGAGUUCAUGUGGAGAGCCAGAGACCUUGGCUCAUCCUCCAAAAUGCAAAUUUAGAACCCCUCAUUUAUCAUCUGAGACUAUUUGAAAAACUUAGUUUCACUAACAACAAAAUCUCACUCUAACACAUACUUGAUGCAGUAACUGACUUAUCAUUGGCAUGCACAAAAGAUCCACACUCAACACGUAUUUAUCAAACUUCUAACAAUGGAACUGAUUAGAAACUAACCUGACUCUCACAAGGCCUCUGAAUAUAUCUGGGUAGUCAUAUUUUAGGAGAACAGGAAUGACCAAAUGACUUAUGAAAUAUAUACACCCCAGUCAUUCAAUUAUUAUGUAGUGAAUCAAAGGUGCUUCACAGUCUUUGAUAAUACUGCACUCAUUUAAAUGUCACAUGAUAGAAAAUAUUGUAAGUUAUUUUUUUCCAUAGUAAUUCUGAUUAGUUGCAAAAAUGAAAUUCCCAGGAAGCCCAACACUUGUAAACAAACAGUUGCUUUUUUUUUCUCACUGAUGGUCCGACAUGCAUUUUAGAAAAGACAUUUUAAUGAAACAUGCAAGAAAAUUUACUUUACCAGAAAUCGUCCAUGUGCGUUAUUGUAAAUCCUUACAGUAAUCAUGAGGGAAAGAAAUUUGAUGAUGAAAAUGAGCUCAGGAGUGUGAUUGAUUUAGACAGCAGUAUUAAUAUGCAAAAUUAAAAACAUGGGUAUACUGUUUGCAAAGGUAUUGAUUUGUAUUUAGCUGUGAAAAUACUGUUAAACAAAAGAAAACUUGUUUUAAAUCUCUUCAUUAUUUUGUGGUAAAUGUCUCAGUCACACUUUGGCCUGAUUGUGUAUAUAUUUUGUUUUUCUGUUAACAGUUCAGCUGAACCUUUUUUUUUUUUAUAGAUCCAUCCAACACAGGACUAUUUAUGAGUACUGUACACCACAAAACAUAAAAAAGUGCAUAAAAUCAGGUGUGAGUGUUGGGUUUUGAAGAUGUGUAUAAACACAAAGAGGCUCAGUGAGCUUUGUGUUUAUGGGGUUUGUUCCUUAUGACGUGUGUUUCGAAGGAAGAGGGAGAUCUUUCAGAAUACACCAAAAAGCUUUUCAUUUGUGUCAUUAAGUACAUCAUUCAAACAGGGAUAUGAAUUAGUAACAUGGAAACAUGAAACAUGACUUAAGUUAAAUUUUUUUCAUCUUUUAUAAACAGAUUUUGGACAAGUCUGUUUCACUGAAGACAUACUGUAUCUGAUGUUCUACACGUCCAACUAUUUUCUGAGAAGCUUAAACGCUGAGGCAGCGGGGCAAACCUCUAGAACGGAAAUGAAGAGUGUUGCUUGGUAAAAAAUACUGCUGUAAAUAUGCUUUCAUCACUGCGAUUUGAAAAGGUGUAGAGGUUAUUGUUGUUUGUGAUCUGUCAUUUGUUUAUCCAGGAGAAACAAAUUGAUCUGGAAGGAAACACAGAGGCCCUUUGCUUUAACAUUUUUUAACUCCUUGUGGUUUGGAAGGUGACACGUUUCUAUGGUUUGUUAAAAAUACAAAAGACAUGGACAUAAUAUCUUCAAUAUCCCAGCCAUAGGAAAUUGAUUUUAAUAAACUAUUUUUGUACCAAAUCA